AUGGGCCUGGUAGGGUUCCGACGGAAGGUUUUAUUGCGCGAGCUGAAGCCAUCCGCUCGAAGGAAGAUCAAUGCCAUCUGCUCGCUAGGCGUUGCAGUUGCCCUCGUGGCCUUGGGCUUUGUGGAGGAAUUUAGACACGAAACGUCUAGCACUGCUCGCAGGUUAGCCGGCAAUCAGACAGCAUCAGAUUUGCCAGAGAAUUUUUAUCCGGACGACCUGCUCCUCAAUAAGCCAUAUGGAGAAGAGCCUGUAGGCAAGAAGUUCUUGGCACUCGUGCACUGUGUGGGCAUCGCCUACAUGGUGCUUGGCCUGAACACGGUUUGCGACGUGUACUUUGCCGGGUCCAUUGAUAUUCUAUGUGAUACCUGGAACCUGACUCCCGAUGUCGCUGGUGCAACAUGGAUGGCUGCUGGAGGUUCUGCUCCAGAAUUCUUUGGUUCCAUGAUUGGCGCAACCAUUGCGCAGAAUGACGUUGGAUUCGGCACGAUUGUCGGCUCUGCAGUGUUCAACGUCCUAUUUGUCAUCGGGCUGUGCGGUUACGUGGCAAAGGGUAACAUUGAGCUCACCUGGUGGCCUUUGUUCAGAGAUUGCUCCUACUACAUCACAGCCCUUGGAGUUCUGGCUUCCUUCACAUACGACCAGGUAAUAGAAGCAUGGGAGGCCGUCAUCCUGUUCAUCAUGUACAUAGGUUAUGUGUGUUUCAUGUUCUUCAACAAGCCACUGAAUGUGUGGGCGUACCGCAAGACUGGCACGCCGCUGAACAAGGAGCUGCGCGACUAUGUAGAAGAGAUGAACAAAAUGAAAGGCAAAGUAGAGCCGGAGAAAGUUGGCAGCAGCGCCGAGAAGGAAGAGCCUCAGGAGCCCGAGAUACAAGCAAAAGACAACUACAUGCAGUGUGACACAGUGGUGAAGAAGGGCACAGAGAAUGGAAAGGAAGAUGUGGAGCUGGCCAAGUCAGCAGAUGACAAGGAUGCUGAUGCAGACGGCGACGAUGAAGACGACGAUGACGAACCAGAUGACUUCAUGAUUAUGCCAGAAGGCGCGCUAGAGCGCAUUCUGUGGGUCAUCUGCUUGCCCAUCUACAUCCCCCUGUACUUUACUUUGCCCUGGCCUUCCAAAGGCUCCAAAUGGUUUUUGGCAACCUUCGGACUGUCUUUGCUGUGGAUUAGCGGCUUUUCAUUCUGCAUGUUCUGGUGGACUGAAAUCGUGACUGAGGUUCUGACGAUUCCGACCAUCGUCUCGAGCGUGACUUUCUUGGCCGCCGCAACCUCCAUCCCGGAUGCUGUAAGCUCAAUGGCUGUCGCGCGAAAAGGACAGGCAGAUAUGGCUGUCAGCUCCUCUGUUGGCUCCAACAUUUUCGACAUUCUUGUUGGAUUGCCUAUCCCGUGGCUCGUGAAGUGCGGAAUCGAGUCUGGCAAUCCAAGCUUCAAAGGUGUCCCAAUCAGAUCGCGCUACUUGAUGUUGUACACCUGCCUGCUUCUUGGCAUGGUUGCUGGCCUUGUGCUCAGCAUCAAGCUAACUGGCUGGAAAUUGAAAAAAGCGCUGGGUGGCUGCAUGGCAGGGCUUUAUUUCCUUUUCAUCAUCACAACAGUGACGGUGGAACUGACACAGCCUACAUGGCUGAUGACCAAUCCGAGCUAG